AAGGAGAAGCGGCAGAGCGCCACGCGGUUCACCUCCAACAGCAAUCGAGAGCUGCAGAAACUGCCAUCUUUAAAAGAUGUUCCUCCUGCUGAUCAAGAGAAGCUUUUCAUCCAGAAGUUACGUCAGUGUUGUGUCCUCUUUGACUUUGUUUCCGACCCACUCAGUGACCUAAAGUGGAAGGAAGUGAAACGAGCCGCGUUGAGUGAAAUGGUGGAGUACAUCACCCACAACCGGAACGUCAUCACAGAGCCAAUCUACCCCGAAGUAGUCCAUAUGUUUGCAGUUAACAUGUUUCGAACAUUACCACCUUCCUCCAAUCCCACGGGAGCAGAAUUUGACCCCGAGGAAGACGAGCCCACGUUAGAAGCAGCCUGGCCUCAUCUACAGCUCGUUUAUGAAUUUUUCUUAAGAUUUUUAGAGUCUCCAGAUUUCCAACCUAAUAUAGCGAAGAAAUAUAUUGACCAGAAGUUUGUAUUGCAGCUUUUAGAGCUCUUUGACAGUGAAGACCCGAGAGAGAGAGAUUUUCUCAAAACCACCCUUCACAGAAUCUAUGGGAAAUUCCUAGGCUUAAGAGCGUACAUCAGAAAACAGAUAAAUAAUAUAUUUUAUAGGUUUAUUUAUGAAACAGAACACCACAAUGGCAUAGCAGAAUUACUGGAAAUAUUGGGAAGUAUAAUCAAUGGAUUUGCCUUACCGCUGAAAGAAGAGCACAAGAUUUUCUUACUGAAGGUGCUGCUGCCUUUGCACAAAGUGAAGUCUCUGAGCGUGUACCACCCUCAGCUGGCGUACUGUGUCGUGCAGUUUUUGGAAAAGGACAGCACCCUCACUGAACCUGUGGUGAUGGCACUUCUCAAAUACUGGCCAAAGACGCACAGUCCGAAAGAAGUCAUGUUCCUCAACGAGCUGGAGGAGAUCCUCGACGUGAUCGAGCCCUCGGAGUUCGUCAAGGUCAUGGAGCCUCUCUUCAGGCAGUUGGCCAAGUGUGUGUCCAGCCCACACUUCCAGGUGGCAGAGCGGGCGCUGUAUUACUGGAAUAACGAGUACAUCAUGAGUUUGAUCAGCGACAACGCAGCCAAAAUCCUACCCAUCAUGUUUCCGUCCUUGUACCGCAACUCAAAGACCCACUGGAACAAGACGAUCCACGGCCUGAUCUACAACGCGCUGAAGCUCUUCAUGGAGAUGAACCAAAAACUCUUUGACGACUGCACGCAGCAGUUCAAGGCCGAGAAGCUCAAAGAGAAGCUAAAAAUGAAAGAACGAGAAGAAGCGUGGGUUAAAAUAGAGAAUCUAGCCAAAGCCAAUCCCCAGUACACAGUGUAUAGACAAGCCAGCACCCAGAGCAUGCCGGUCGCAAUGGAGACAGACGGGCCCUUAUUUGAAGAUGUGCAGAUGGUGAGAAAGACAGUGAGCGAGGACCCUCGCCAGGCACAGAAAGACCCGAAGAAGGACCGUGGGCUGAUGCGUCGCAAGUCGGAGCUGCCUCAGGACCCCUACACCAAGAAAGCCUUGGACGCCCACUGCAGAGCCAGCGAGCUGCUGGCCCAGGACGGCCACUAG